CUCUUCCUAUAAAAACAAGGCCCAAGUGAGAAAGCUAGAACUCAAACCUGUCUUCACACAUAGAACACAAAAGGAAGGUCAAUUUUCAUUAGCUUCGAAGUGUCCAUCAUGGCCAAGUAUGGGCUCGUCGUGGCAUUAGUCCUUGGUUUGUCCCUUCUCAGCUUAACGAGUGCCGGCGAUCCCGACAUUCUCACUGACUUUGUGGCCCCGAACGGCACUAUCGUCAAUGGCAACUUCUUCACGUUCACCGGCAUGAGGUCUCUCAUAAAAGCCGGUCCCCCAACGGCAUUCACGGUGACCAAAGCGAGCGCGAAGGAGUUCCCUGCUCUCGAAGGGCAGAGCGUCUCAUACGCGGUCCUCGAAUUCCCGGCCGGCGCAGUGAACCCCCCGCACACGCACCCCCGUGGGUCGGAGCUCCUGUUCCUUACUUACGGGACGCUCGAGGUUGGGUUCGUGGACACGACCAACAAGCUCUUCACUCAGACCCUCCAAACCGGUGACAUGUUCAUAUUCCCCAAGGGGCUGGUCCACUUCCAGUUCAAUGCCAACCAGACCGACAACGCCGUGGCGGUCUCCGCGUUCGGGAGCGCGAGUGCAGGAUUGGUGUCGGUCCCCGUGACCGUGUUCGAGACCAACAUCGACAGCGGAAUCCUGGCUAAAUCUUUCAAUACUACUGUCAACACCAUUCAAGCACUGAAGGCUGGCCUCGCACCCCCACCCACCAGCGCAUGAGA